AUGCGAGCAGGUAGCUGUGAAGGAGAUCUCCCCGAUCGGUUCCAGGCCCUCGCCUACCCAGCCAAAUUUGGAAACACGGGCGACAUCGCCUUUGGCGGCUACGCCCUCAGCGUCGGGGUCCAGGCCGCCUGCCAGACGGUCCCUUCAACCCACCUCCUAUACUCGGCCACAGGCAGCUUUCUCGGCCCAUUGACCACCACCAAGAGGCCGCAGUGCUCGGUGCGGAGAAUCCGCGACACCCGGACCUUUGCGACGCGGCAGGUCGAGGUCUUCCAGGAGCACGUCGACGGAAGCAUGCGCAUGUGCAUGAUUCUCCUGGUGGACUUCCACAAGAAGGAGGCCGGGUCGGUGCUGACGUAUUCGGCCCCGCCCGACAUGGCGGAGAUGGCGCGCCGCGGAGACAUCCCCGUCGAGAUGGUGGCCGACCUCGAGGAGCGGUUCGGGCUGCUCUCCCGGCACUUUGACCUCCGCCAGACGCCCGAGGGCAUCUCGGCCCAAAACCUAAGCGGAGCCGUCAAGCACCUCCCCACCACGCAGGACAGCCUACCCGUGCCGUCCCGGACCUCGGCGGACUGGUUCCGCUGCCGGGACCGCGUGGAGCUGUGGACGGACCAAUGCGCCGGCCUCGCGUACAUCAUGGACGGGUUCUCGGCGUCGUUGCCCUUUGCGCACAGCAGCGCCAACUUUGGCGACACGUCGGCCUGCUCGAGCCUCGACUUUGCGCUGCGGCUGUUUACGGACGAGAUCGACUUGAACGAGUGGAAUCUGCGGGAGCUCAAGACGACCUCGGCGGACGUGGGCAGGACGUACACGGAGGCGCGGCUAUGGAACCGGUCGGGCAAGAUGGUGGCUAACAUGACGCAGCAGUGCAUCAUGCGGCCGCACGCUCCCGCAAAGGCGGCGUUGUAG